AUAGCCUAAUUUAACGCACGAUAUGAACACGCUUUUCCACUGCUACUUGACAUGCGUGCGUCAGUGUGGGUUUUUUUUCCUUCGGCUUUCUACAAGUCUCGCUGAAACUGUCAACGUGUGUAGUGCGAAGAAAUUGGCCGGAACCGAUACGCGACCUGCGUGGCCACCAGAAUUGUCGCGGCAAACUGGGAACCGGCAGCUGCGGUAGUUGGUGGUGAUGGUCAGCACAGGUAGAUGUAAAGCGUCAUAAGCCGCUGCUUCGUGGGCCCGUCACCCGGAAAGUGUCCCCCUGGCCGGGAGGUGAUAAGACCAUCACGAUCUCGCGCCAAGCCGGUUUAACGAAAAGUGUGGGCUUGAGGCCUGAGCAGCGGGGUGGUGGCAAAGAGCUAUGUGUUUGCUUCCAUUACCGACCCGGUUUUACAGUGAAGGAAUGUCGUUUUGGCGAGCAGCUUGCUGACUCAGCUGUCUCGUUUCGUAUUGUCGUUUCGUUGGGAAACUGUCGGGUGAUGAGUGCAUCAUCAUGAUAACGUGGACAAGCCGAUAAGUUUUUCGACACACCUUCUUGGCAGGGUUCUUUUAGCUAGCAGACACACGUGCACAGCGGAUCAUCGCUCAGGACGGGCGGGACAGCACCUCAUCAUCCGCGACUGACAUUAUGCAACGUACGUACAGCCGAGCAGCGGUGGUCGAUACAUAACGUGUGCUACUAGCAUUGCGACUCUGUGUGCAGUUACAAGUGUGUAAAGCAGUGUGCGGUGAUCAACCGAGCUGGUGCUGUGACACGGUUUAAGCAGAAGUAGCAGAAGAAUCGCCGGCAGACAGUGAUUUGUUGACAAUCUGCACAUUCACCAUGGCUUCCUUAGAACGCAGCAAAUUGAUUGGCGUGAUCGAUGCAGGCACAAACAGUGCGCGGUUUGUGAUUUUUAAACUUCCGGAAUUCGAAGAGAUUGCAUCACAUCAGAUACGCAUUACGCAGAUUGUGCCACGCGACGGCUGGACCGAACAGAAUCCCGUCGAGGUACUGGAGGCUGUUCGGCUCUGUGCGGUGGAAUCCUGUCACCAGGUGGAAAAGCUUGGAUAUCUCGUGAAGGAUAUCGCGGCCAUCGGUAUCACGAAUCAGCGCGAAACAACUGUCGUGUGGGACAAAAACACUGGCGAACCGUUGUACAAUGCCAUCGUAUGGAAUGAUAUACGGACGGAUAAAACGGUGGAUCGGGUGUUGGCCCGUUUGCCGGAACAGAACCACAAUCACUUCCGUGCCCUGUCUGGACUUCCGAUAUCGCCCUAUUUUUCUGCCCUCAAGCUGAACUGGUUGAAGGAUAAUGUGGUAGCAGUGAGGAAAGCCUGUCGGGAGAAACGCUGUUAUGCUGGCACAAUGGACACGUGGUUGGUGUGGAACUUGACCGGUGGUCCACAAGGUGGUGCUUUCGUGACGGACGUAACCAAUGCCUCCCGGACGCUGUUGAUGAACAUCGAAACACUGCACUGGGAUCCGUUGUUAACGAAAACGUUCUCCGUCCAUCCGGACAUGUUGCCGGAAAUUCGCAGCUCGUCUGAGAUCUACGGCAAGGUGAAGGACAGCAGUGUACUCGAUGGGAUACCGAUCAGUGCGAUACUGGGCAACCAGCAGGCGAGCCUUAUCGGGCAACGGUGCAUGAAGGAGGGACAGGCAAAGAAUACCUAUCGAAAGGGAUGCUUCUUGCUGUAUAAUACGGGCACGAGGUGCGUUCAAUCAACACACGGCUUGGUAACGACGGUAGCGUACCAGAUGGGCCGGAAUGCACCACCCGUGUACGCGUUGGAAGGUUCAGUAGCUGUAGCCGGUGUGGCCAUGAACUGGUUGCGUGACAAUCUUAAAAUCAUCCAGGACAUUAAGGAUUCCGAACAGAUCGCUGGCAGCGUGUCAUCGACGGGUGAUGUCUACUUCGUACCUGCGUUCACCGGGCUGUACGCUCCCUACUGGCGAAAGGAUGCGCGUGGCAUAUUUUGUGGUUUGACCAGUUUCACUACCAAACAUCAUUUAGUGAGGGCCGCCUUGGAAGCGGUAUGCUUCCAAACGCGUGACAUUAUUGAGGCGAUGAAAAAAGACUGCGGCAUAAAUCUUAACAAACUGCAUGCGGACGGUAGUAUGGCGAGCAACAGUCUUCUAAUGCAGCUGCAGGCGGAUUUGGGCGGCAUUCCUGUGUUGAAAACGGAGGUACGCGAACCGGCCGCACUCGGUACAGCGAUGGCCGCAGCACAAGCGAACGGAGUGGAUUUGUACAAGCUGGAAGCGGAAAUUCGCGGUUACGCAGGUGUUCAUUCACACCAUGAAACAUUCCUUCCGACGACAACCGAAGAGGAACGGAAUGCUCGAUACACUAAGUGGAAAAUGGCGGUUCAGCGCAGCUUGGGCUGGGCUGUUUCGAAGAAGAGUGAAGCAAUGACCGACGAACGUUACAGUUUGUUAGCUUCCAUACCAGCAGGUUUGUUCCUUGCCGCGAGCUUCUUGAUGUUGGUCCACUCGCAACGGCGGUGAGCCGGAGGCGGAUCGCGGACAAGGAUGCGACAUCCGUAUCGCACGUUCACACUAGUCUGCUAAACGUUAACAAUCCAGUUUCGGAUACUUGCUGAACACAUUCGGUGACAUAAAAGACAAAUAGCACAACAGGCGUGCACGGUGCUACUAUACUAAGAGCAACAAUCAACGAUCCUAGUAGAAUGCUUUGCGGAAAUGAUGGUACUCAGGAAGAAGGUUACAAAUACAUCGUAAGCGUUAAGCAGUAAACGUAGGCUGAGUUUAAAUCCUUGUUUUGUUUCCCUUUUCCCAUUUGUACCUUGUGUGUAUCUAAAUCAUGGUGAGGUAACAAAAAAAAACAAAA